AUGGCUCGAACGUCGGUCAAAAAGGCCACCAAGCCCCUGCAAGACCCAAGACUACCGCCGCCGCCGUUUCUGAAAGCGCCUACAGCUCUGGAACCUUUCGUCGAGAGCCUGGACAAGAACCACGUCUACAUUCUUCAUGUCGACCGGUUCCCUGCAGGGUUCAAAAAGCGCAUCUUCACCGUUCCUGUCCUACUGAAUGUCGCCAUCGCCGCGUUACUGGUGUGGCGUAUCUAUGCCAUCCUCCCUACCUAUCUGGCCAUCUUCACCUCGGUCAUUGGCCUCGACUCGCCCGCCACGAUUGAUACGGCUAGCAAGACCAAGUCGCACCUGGCAUGGGUCCUGACGAAACGUGUGGCCAUGUUCAUGUUCGACUUUGUCCUCGGCCGCUUCAUCCUGCCAUGGCCCGUCACCUUUUUCCUCGAGGCUCCCGCCAACCCGUGCUACUGGCGCAUCAAGAUUGGCUUCCGUGACCAAGAAGUUGCUGUACGCAUCAGCCGUGACUGGGGCAGCGAGGAGCUUCUGGCAGGUGUCAAGACCGGAGGAGACAGCCCUUUCUUCACGACACGCAUCCUGCCGGCCAUUGAACGCAAUUUCAUGCGCCAAAAGACAGCAUACCUCAUGAUGGGCAAAGAUUGGGAUUUGGACUUUGGUGCCAUGGUCUACGCCCACCGUCUGAUCGACGACAAGAAGAACAGCCUCGAGGACUUUGAAAAGAGUGUACUUGCGUACAGUGAACAUCAUGGAUGGUUGUAUUGGCCAGUACACAAGUUGGACGAAGAGGGCUCGGAAGAGGAAAACAGGAAAAAAAUUGUCGCGCUCAAGGACCGUCUGACCGUCAUGGGCAAGGAGAGCCUGUUCUUCCGCUGGAUCGAAAUCGUCCAGUACGAAAGCAGUCGUCCUGGAGGCUUCACCCAAGAACGCCAGGUCGAGACAUACAAAAAGGUGCAGCAAGAGUUUGAGAAGCACGGUGUUGAUUUCAGAGAGCUGCUUGAGAAGGUUGGCGGCUUGGACGGCAUGCCUGGUCUUCCUGGCUCACAGGUUCCGCUGUGA